UGCGCCGUAUUUAUUUCGACCAGGACACGACAAUUGAAGAAAUCGAACGACUUGACGGUGGCGGCAACAUUUCAGACGCGCCAAGCUCGGAUGUGAAUUUCAUUUCCAUCCGCGCGUUUCCGUCCAAACCACAUCGUCACUUGAACAUGUCUAUUCGCGACGCGAACGUCGUGAUCAUCGAGACAGGCAGGACCGUCGUUCGCGCAGGAUUGGGCCUCCAUGAGCUCUUGAGAACACCCACCGUUGAUAUCCCAGCCCGUGUCGGGCUUCGCAAAAGUGCGUUUGGGGAUUUCUCGACGAACGGCGAUUUCAACGGAAAUGGCGACCCAUGGGCGUCAACGAGUCGUGCAGCCUCGGUGUUUCCGCAGACUGCUGUACCAAGCGCCGGUGUGAAGGAUUACCUUGUUGGAGCGCAGCUCGAUGAUGCUCUUGCCAGUGGGCAGGACAUCAUCGUCUCUUGGCCAUUCGCAGAAGGGGACGUCAGUGAUUGGACACAGGCAGAGGCUAUCUGGAAAUAUGUUUUGUUCAACCAACUCCAACGCAGACGCGUCCAAAAUGAAUCUCCCGUCCUUCUCUCCAUCACACCAGGUGUCUCGCGCAACACCUAUGAGCGCAUCUGCCAGAUCUUUUUUGAACGGUUCAACGUCGCUGGCUUCGGCAUCCUCGAACGACCCAUGGCGCAGAUAUACUCUGCGAACAGCCUGAGCGGUGUCGUUGUCGACAUCGGCGAGGAGGUUACAGAUAUCAACCCCAUCUACGAAGGUUUCAUCGCCCAUCACACCCGCACAUCCGUCCCACUCGGCACGCGUCACUGCCAGACCUACCUCGCAUACUUGCUGCGUUCAAACCAGAGUGUUAUGAACGCACUCUCACCACCAACCAGCCCCCUCGAUGAGGAGACCCUGCAAAAGACCCUUCUCGAUCUCGUGAAGCAGCUAUUAAGGGAGGACUUGAUCAAGAUUCCGUCGGACGGGGAGACGGCGAUCCCAGAGGAUGAGGGCGUGACGGACAUCGCGGCUGUAGUUGUGGCAGGACGCGAAAAAGCGGUCAUCGAGAGCGGGAUGAAGAAAAAGCUGACCGCAAAGGCAUCUGCGGCGGAACAGGCGCGUGCCCGCGAGAUCGAGGCGCUCGACCUCGUUACGGUGCAGUUCCGCGAACACUCGCUGACGCUCGGCAAGGAGCGCCAUCGGUUCUGCGAGCCGCUAUUCGACCCGACGCUGCUGAUUGGAUUGCCUGGGUUGCCUAUGCUGAUCCCUGGUGAUGAGAGACCUCGAGCGCUGCAGGAGGUUGUAGGUAUUGCUGUCAACCAGACGGAUGUUGACCAGCGGCAGUAUAUCUGGCAAGGAUUGUUUGUGACUGGCGAUGUUACAAGGCAUGUAAAAGGCAUUGGUAUCGCCCUCCAGUCGCGGUUGGCCCAAUUCAUCAUGAACGCCGACCUUAAUACCGACCUGCAGCCACGGUUGAUUCGUGUGCUAAAUGUACCCGAUUAUUAUGCCGAGUAUCGCGAGACAGGUAACGGCUACGCUGCAUUCCUUGGGACAAGUAUCUCUGCCAAAGUCAUCUUCAGCGACCCCAACGGGAAGAACUACGUCUCAAAAGCAGAAUAUACGACCAAGGGUCCUCAUUCUAUUAUCGAGAUGACUCCCUCUUUGUUGUAAU